AAGGACCGAGGGCCUUUGGAAGGAAGAGAGAGAAAUCUAGAGAGAGAGAUGGGUACUUGGGGUAACCUCAAUGUAGUAGGGUACAUGGUGGUGACCCAACAAAACCACUGCAGCCGUGAAAUUUUAGAGACGAUGAUGAAAAUUUAUCCCACCUCUUCUCUCUUUUUCUCUUCCUUUUCGUCUAACCUUAACCCUAACCCUAACCUUAACCCCGUGGUCCUCGCUCCAAACAUGCUGCAGCAUCUGGCUACGGAUCGAGCAUAUACCCAAUUGAAGCCAUUUGAGUAACUCCUCCAGAGCUUUCUCUCUCUCUCUCUCUCUUUGGUUUCCAGCUUUGUCUCUCGAGGGUUUGGGAAUUUUUGGUCAAGACCCAGAAAGCAUUUUUAUACCACUAUGGAAGGUUUUGGAGGUUUUGGAUUCAAUGGUAUUGGCAGCACUGCAAGGAAGAGAAGGAGUAAUACAUCUCGGCGUCCUCGGAAUGAGUCACAGUCAUUUUCUGAUUAUCGAGAUGUUUCAUCAUGGUCAUCAACACCACCUUCUGAUCAUAUGAGCAAAGUAUCAAGUGAUGAGAAUACUGGUUAUGUCUCAUCUUCACGGAAUAAAGAACUCAAUCAAUGUAGUUCAAAGGCUUCAUCUGUUAAUGUCACAGGUGAAACCACCCAGAAGAUGUUCAAGAAUGAAGAUGGAGGAUUUGGAGAAUCAAAUGAAGCUUCCAUCAAUGGUUCUUUUCAAGGCCUUACUGAGCAGAGGCAUAGUGGGUCUGAUUCCAAAAGGUGCAGUGAAGGGGUCCUUGCCCCAGCUAAUUGGAAAAUUAGAGAUACACACACAAGUGGAAUGAUAAGUGGUACUUGUGAUUCUGGGCCAGAGGCAGUUGUAGAUGGACUAGGAAAUGAGAAUAAACUGAAAAAAGUAAAGCUUAAGGUUGGUGGUGUAACACAUACCAUUCAUGCCAAGUCCACAUCAGAUGGUGCUUCUGUUGGUGGGUCUUCUUCUACAAAGUCUUCACGCGCUUCGGAUGCUCCUCGGCAGAGGCAGAAGUUGAUUCUUCAGGAUGAUUCAGAUGACGAUAAUUCACCUCCACCAGUCAAAGGAAGUGGCUUGCGAGGGGUUCCAUGGAAGGAUUUCUCUAGAAGUGGUUUUAGUGUGGCGAAAGGGGAUUCUUUGAAGGGCAAGAUGCCUGAAGAAGGCUUCUCUAUGAAGCAAGCAGGCAAGUACGAGCCUGUUCGUAAGAGCAAGCGGGUUCCUAAGAAGCGCGUAUUAGAUGGAGCGGAAGAUGAUGAAGAUAAUGACGAAGAGAUUAAAUACCUGGAAAAACUCAAAACAUCCAAGGUUAGCACUGAUUAUGGUGCAGAGUAUGAAGACGAGGAGGAGGAUGGAGGCAGGAAACAACGGAAGAUAUCAAGAGUAUUGAAGAGAAAUGGGAAUGGCCAGUACAAUGUUGAUGUGGGAGAUUUUGGCUCAUCGAAAGGAAGCAAAGAGAGUAAGAAAUCCAGGUCAGGGAGAGCAUAUGAAGACAUCGACUAUAUGGAAGAGGAAGAGGCACUUUCUGAUGGUGAGCCUGAAACUAAGAAGAAGAAAUUAAGGAAGGAGUUUGUGGAUUCAUCAGGGGAUUCUAAGAGGGAAAUGGCAGUCACUACACGUCAGCGGGCCCUUCAAACUAGCAAAGACAUCUCUGCCAGUAUUGGUGUAAAUUUUAUAGAGUUCCCAAAUGGAUUGCCUCCUGCCCCACCUAGAAAACAAAAGGAGAAACUCACUGAAGUGGAGCAGCAACUGAAGAAAGCCGAAGCUGCUCAGAGACGCAGAAUGCAAGUUGAGAAGGCAGCUAGGGAAUCUGAGGCCGAGGCUAUUAGAAAGAUACUGGGCCAAGAUUCCAGUAGGAAGAAGCGAGAAGAGAAGAUCAAGAAACGGCAAGAGGAAUUGGCACAGGAGAGAGCGGCCAAUGCUUUGACAAUUUCGGCAAACACUGUCAGAUGGGUCAUGGGUCCUACAGGCACAACCGUCACAUUCCCUAAUGAGAUGGGCCUUCCAAGUAUAUUUGAACCCAAGCUGAGCAGCUAUCCUCCUCCCCGUGAAAAAUGUGCUGGUCCAUCAUGCAUGAACCCAUACAAGUACCGGGACUCAAAGUCGAAACUUCCUCUGUGCAGCCUCCAAUGCUACAGGGCACUCCAUGCUAAGACACUGCCUCUCUCCGCCUGUUGAAGACGCCAACAAGGCGCCCUUCAAGCCAUGGUGGCUGCUGCAAGUCCUGCUUCCUACGGUUUCUAUAUCUUGAAAAUUACAGAGAAACGAUUCAAACUUUAUAAUUAUCUCUCAGCAUUGAGACCUGUACAAAGUUUUUGAUUCACUGCCUAAAUACAUAAAUUGCAGCCUUGAUGUCGUCAACUUGGGUACCUCAAAUAUAUCAAAUGUAACUGAUGUGGUGAUUCUAGCUGUACUUUCAAGCGACAUAGCAAUCUUGCCUUUGGCCAUUUUUGUAUAGAGCAAAUUCUGCCUUUUGUGACUUUGACUUGUAAAUUCUGUCAAAAGUGUGUUAAAAACAUUCUUAUUCAUAACUAUUUUAAUUAGUACCACUUUCAUUA